CGUAUUAAACACCGUGCUUUUAUUAUUUUCUUUAAUGGAAUUCUAUUCAAAUGAGAUCAUCUUAUCUUAAAUAUAUACUAUUAAUCUUGUCUACAAUCUGAUACAACUUACUCCACUAUUGCUUAGUAUGCUCCGUCCCUACCAACAUUGCCUCAAUCGCUCUUUUCAACUAUAAUACUAUAACAUCCUCCUUCAUUCCCAUCGCUUCUCCACCUCAUCACUCUACUAUGAAUAAUAAAACAUGGACGCAAACGAUUCUCCUCUCAUUUCAAAUUGUUGGAGUUGUUUAUGGUCAACUCAGCACUGCCCCCUUAUAUGUUUUUAGUACAAUGCGUUCUCAAGAUCUUGAUUCUCAAGAAGUUGUUUAUGAACUCUUUUCUUUCAUUUUUUGGACUCUCACUGCUAUUUCUUUCAUCAAAUAUGUCCUCAUAGUCCUCAAAGCGGACGAUAAUCGAGAAGGUGGUACUUUUGCUUUAUACUCACUCUUGUGUAGAAAUGCCAAAGUCGGUCUACUCCCUUGUGAUAGAAAUGCCAAUCAGGUCAUGCUUUUCGAGGACACAGCAACUCCUCCUUCUAAGAUCAAUUCUCACUCCAGAGCUAGAAGGGCCAUUGAGAAACACAAGUUCUGUCACUAUUUGAUUUUGUUCUUGGCCCUUUUUGGUUCCUGUAUGACUAUUGGUGCCGCUGUUCUCACUCCAGCUCUCUCCGUCUUAUCAGCUUCCUAUGGAGUUCAGAGAUCCUUGUCAGAAUUAUCACACCUAUUUACCUCCUCACAACAUACGCGCGAUUCCGUCUCAAAUGCUCUACAAAAAUAUGUACCUGUUCCCGCCGCUUGUGUUAUAUUGAUUGGCCUAUUUGUACUUCAGCCCUGUGGUACACAUAAAAUUGGGUUCAUGUUUGCUCCGAUUAUUGCUGUUUGGCUUUUGUUUAUUGGUGCUGUGGGAGUUUAUAAUAUUAUCUUCUGGGACGUAGAAAUUCUCUAUAAAAUAUCCCCACUAUACUUGUUUAAAUUCAUGAGGAAUCUUGAUGUCAGCAGAUGGAGAUUAUUAGGGAGUGCCAUUUUAUGCGCGGCAGGAUCAGAGGCAAUGUUUGCAGGGUUAGGCCAUUUUUCCAAGAAAUCAAUCAAGAUUACGUUUAUUUGCUUGAUCUAUCCGCUUCUUGUGAUAUGUUAUGCGGGCCAGGCUGCGUUUAUCUCUAAAAACUUGCAGACUAAUAAUUUUAAUCAUCUUAGUCAAUCUGUGCCAAGUCAUUCCAAACAUAUAUUCAUAGUAGUAUCCCUACUUUCUUCGGCUGUCGGAAGCCAAGCAACUAUAACAGCAUGCUUCUCUAUUAUUAACCAGUGUCUGGCACUAAAUUGCUUUCCCAGGGUGAAAGUCAUUCACACAUCAAAAACAAUACAUGGCCAGGUUUACAUCCCCGAUGUCAAUUGGUUAUUGAUGAUUUUCAGUCUAGCUGUCACAAUUGGUUUCAGAGACAUGGUGAAGAUCGGCAACGCAACAAGUUUGGCUAUCAUAUCUGGAAUGCUGGUCACAACUAGUCUCAUGUCGCUAGUCAUCGCUUUGUAUUGGGAGAAGAAUUUGUUGAUAUCUGCAUGCUUUCUGUUAUGUUUUGGCGUUAUCGAGGUUGCAUAUCUUUCGGCCUGUAUGCUGCAAUUUCACAGGGGAGCUUGGUAUCUAGUUGUCCUUUUGAUAGUGUCCAUGACAGUCAUGCUUUCAUGGCAUUAUGGAACGGUGAAGAAGUAUGAGUUUGAUUUACAAAACAAAGUAUCAACUGAAUGGCUAAUAGAUGUUAGUCCGGGUCUCGGGAUUUCAAGGGUAGCUGGAAUUGGCUUCAUUUACACAGACAUAGUGACAGGCAUCCCAGCUUUCUUUUCACAUUUUAUUACUAAUCUUCCUGCAUUUCAUCAAGUGUUGAUCAUGGUGUCCUUCAAGUCUAUGCCGGUGCCUCAUGUUCCCGAAAGUGAAAGGUAUCUCAUAGGAAGGAUUGGACCAAGAGAUUAUAAAAUAUAUCGUUGCAUUGUGAGAUAUGGAUAUUGUGAUAAUAUAAGGGACACAAAUGAUUUUGAGGAGAAGAUCAUUCGUGCUAUUGGAGAAUUCAUUUCCAUCGAACAUGUUACUGACAUUGAAUCAAUGGUUUCGCCAGAUGAAAGAAUGAUUAUAGUAGGAAAUUCAUCCGACGGAAAUGCAUUAGUCCCUCUGAUGAAUGAAACAAGCAACCAAGUGAGCAUUAUGAAUGAAGCUCAGGUAAGUCCAAUAGCAAUGGAUGAUAAUGAUCAUACGGUAUUGGCGAGUAGUAGUAAGUCUUGUAAGAAAAGAAAAAAAGUGAGGUUCAUGCUGCCACCUGCUAGUAGUGUUCCUAAAAUGGAUGAAUCUGUUAAGAAGGAGCUUUUGGAACUGAUUGACGCAAGGGAGAGUGGAAGUGCUUAUUUCUUAGGACAGUCACAUUUGGUGGUGCGUGGUGGAUCGAACUAUCUAAAGAUAUUCUUAAUAAUGGUAUUUCGUUUCUUUGAAAGAAAUGGGAGGGAACCACCAGUUGCUCUGAAAAUCCCUCAUGCUGCUCUAGUAGAAGUUGGUAUGAUAUGUAGUAUAUGAUAGGAGGAGAGAUCAAAGUUGAUACAUACAUAUAAUAGAUAGAUAGAAUCAAGAGAUGUAUAAAAACAAUAUAAUUCCAAGAGUUUCUCUAUUUCUACUUAA